GUUGUAACCCGUGUCGGAGGAACCAGCCGUGUCGCGCGUUCUCGGAGCGUUUUUUUCUCCAGCAGUCUGUGCUAUCCGUCUUCAAGUCUUGCUUUGCUUUGCGACCUACUACGCCCCUAGUUCUGUUUUCUACCUGUACCCACUGUGUGCACGUUUCCGGUUUCCACCGUACUGAGGCGGUCGUUAGUGUUCCCUUUAUCUGUUCUGGAAGUGAUCGAUCGAGGUUCCUGUAAUUGAAAAUUAGUGAACCAAAGUGUACGGUCUCUGCAAAAGGUUCCCAGGAAGAGCUUGUCGUGUAAGCCGAAGUCACCGGUCACUCACCUGGCAUACCUUUCCCGAAGUUCCGAGCGCUAUCGUGUGAGUUCCGAGCGGUGUGGGUGCCCCCGAUUGCGCUCGCUGGUGUGAGUGAGAGCGGCCGAUUCGGCAGGUCGGUGCGAACAAACGAGCGCGGACGAUCCUGGACGGCGAAUCCGAAGUUACGCCAUCCGAUUGUGUGCACGUAUUGUGUGUAUCCGAAGAGUGUGCUCCCGCAAGAGUUCAGAAUCUUCUGCAGAGCAGGACGUCGUCCGCAUCGUCGCUGGUACGCUCGGUUCAGUCGAUAACGCGAUUUUCCCGCAAAACGUUCUCUCUGUACGCCGUCUGCGCUCGCCGAUUAUCAAUUCAAUCAAUUCAAUAUUCAUCAUAUCCCACAUACAUCAACCACCAUAUAUCCGUUUUUUCCUCUGUGAAAGUACCGCCGCGCCGUGAACGUCAAAAGUUCCGACAACUAAGGUUCUCACACACGUUUCCAUUCUCCAAACCGCGCGCGUCAAUCCGGCCGAAUUUCAUCUGGAAAAAACACCUCGAAGAGAGAACCAGCACGAAACACACAUCCAUCAAUCAAUCGCGCGUAUCGUACCUAGAGUGUUUGCAAGAAGAGUAAGAAGACCGUGUGUGUGUGCAAGCGUUUGUCAACAACGAGUUCGAUCGCCAGCGAUAAGUGAGUGAGUUCAGCGUCGCAACCUGCACCAGAUCUUCAGGAAGAGCAGGAAGAGUGUGUGGUGGUUCUGCGAACGCGCCCCGCGCCCAGCAGUUGGCAAGAAGUAGUAGAAGAGUGAUCCCCGACCAGUUCCUCCGCCUCCUACCGAGAGAAUAUCCCUGCCCCCCUGAGGAAGGCACGCGCGAAGCGAACCGAAACGUCGGGAGACAAGCUGCGAAGAGGCUAAGCGCGCUAGAUUGUUGUGCAAUUUUUGUUGAGAGGUCGCGUAAGUUUUAAGAUCGCGGGCAAAGAAGUAUACCUGAGCAUAUUUUGUUGAGAUUUGUUUUUGUUUUUAAGUUUUUGUCUUGUAAGGAGAUUUGAGAUUAUCGUAAGCGCUUCGCGCAGUUGCUCAACAGUUGACGAAUAAGAGAGAGAGAUUACGUAUUAAGCUGAACCGGGAAAAUAUUUUGAGAGAGCGUUUUAACCAAAGAUUUUUCCACAACUCUUGUACUCGGUGUUUUUGUGCAAUAUUGAGCGAGGAGAACCCAACAUUACCCAGUAGUACUUAGUGACACGCACGCAGAGUAAGAGAGAGACAAUCAACAUAUCAAUCGAACGGUUCACGGCAUCAUAAAAGAAACGAGUUUAGCCCCCCCGGUUUUCUUCUUCAAAACCCCAAAGUCUCGACCAGGUCGCCCAAAAGUCGAAGCGAGUUCGAAAAUAAUAACACAAGAGAUUUGUGCAAGAUCAGGGAGAGAUAGAACGAGCGAGAGGUAGCCAGCAGAAGUCAGAGGAAACCUAGCAGAACAAGUCCAAGCAGAAGAAGCAAUUGUUUACACCACAUCAUUGAGGCUUGAGCGAAGAGUUCACCGACGACGACGACGACGACGAGUCGGCUCAGAUCAGGUUUUUCUCCGAUUCCUUUUCUUUCUCGAAAUUCUUACCUCGUCCAGAGACCCGUUUCUCCGCGGCCAAGGGAAGAAUCCUCCUCAAAACGUCCGGGAGAAGGAAGGGAAGCGAGCAAAACCGGUUAUAUAUAAUCAAAAAUAAUUACAAUAAAUAUAUUUCUCGAUCCAGCUCGAGUCUGCGUGUGUCGUGGUUUUGAACUCUUGCGUUCCACGGGGAAGAGCGUAGAGGAACCUUAAAACUCUAGGUACUUAUUAGACGAACCUGCUGGAGAAGAAGAACAGGCUACGGAGAGAUAGUACAGAAAGCGGGGUACGUUCAGGCAGUUUGGAAGAAGUCAAAGUCAAUAUACAACAAACACACACACAGUCUUAUACAAACCGAGCGAUUGUGUGUGGAUAAAGAAAAGAAAAGACGGUGGUAUUUUUAGAAGCUAGAUUUCCAAACAAUCCAGCAAAUUCGAGCGAUCGAGCGCGAGGUUCAACACACACAAAAAAAAAAACAGAACAGAGGAAAUAAUUAAAAUUAAGUGAGUUUUUGCGCGAGCGGACGAGUGAGUAAGCGUGUGUGCGUCUGUGCAGGGUUAAAGUUUACUAGAAUUUUUUACGUGUUAGUGUGCGCAAGCAACAGAAUCGGUAGGGUUAAGACAAUCUUAGCAUAGUAAGGAGAAAGCGUUUUGACAAUCAAUUCAAUCGCUAUAUCAGACCAAUCAGGUGUACUAAUCGCACCGAAUCGUGUCGUGUUUCCAAACCUUGACAAUCUAUCAGAAAACAAUCAAAUUUACACUUACACAUAUCUCUGUGUCUAGAGGCCGCAUCUGCAUUAGGUGGAUCGUAGUAGAAUCUUUGAGACAAUCUCUUACACGAAACUUCUAGGACAAUCCUUUUCUAUACAUUUCCGCCACACUUUAAAGGCAAAAAUUAGCGAAUAACGAUAGCAAGUAAGGAUCUAGACGUUUAAGGGUGUUAUAGCAAAGAGUUCAAUUAUCAAGACAAAUCAAACUAGUUAAAGAAAAUACUUAGGUGAUCAAAGCGAGCAAAAGCGAAUCUCACCGUCAACGCUCGUACCGCAUCUUAAAAUUCACGUCACCACGUAUUUCCGACCGGGUCCGAUCUUUUGUCCCCCCUUUAUACCGCCGCCGUUGCCUCCGCAGCAACAGCAGCAGCACCAGCUCCCGCAGUCUCCCGUAGUAGGUCCUCAGCCGAUCGGUUCGAGUCCGCCACCUCCGCAGUCCAUCCCCGUCUAUCCGACACCUUCCCAGUAUCCUCCGGCCUGCACCCUGUACCCGAGUUCCCUCGUGUCCUCUCCGUCGUCGUACACCACUCCGGCUACGGCAGCAGCAGCAGCAGUCACCUCCACCAUCAACGGGUGUAACGCCGCCCAGCAGCUGUGCUACUGCGGCCACUGUAACUACCACCACCAACCGACCUACUACGCACCGACACCCACGACGGCCGCGCUCCUCAGCCGGUACACCGCCGAGAUCAACCUGAACGGCCAACACAACUCCCUGAGCGGUAGCGACCCUAGCCUCGCGUCCACCACCUCAUCCGGCAUCAUUCCUACCGGCAAAGAGACAAUGGUGAGUCCAUCGAACGAAGUACAGAACAUUCCCGAGGCGGCACUCCCACAGUCCUCGCGCGGAAGCGACGAACUCCUCAGCCAGGCAGCAGUCAUGGCACCGGCAUCGGACAACAACAACCAGGACCUGGCGACCAAGAAGGCCAAGCUGGAAACCAACUCAGUGAUUGGCGUGGGCGGCAUCACAAAGCCGUCCCGCGUGGUCCACAUCCGGAACAUCCCGAACGAGUCCAGCGAGGUUGACGUGAUGCACCUCGGGGUGCCGUUCGGACGGGUCACCAACGUGCUGGUGCUCAAGGGCAAGAACCAGGCCUUCCUGGAGAUGGCCGACGAGAGCGCCGCGACCAGCAUGGUCACCAUGUUCACCGCCACGCCCCCGAUCGUCCGCGGCCGGACCGUGUACGUGCAGUUCAGCAACCACCGAGAGCUCAAGACCGACCAGAACCACACGGCGACGAAUGUCACCCUACAAACCCAGGAUCUGACCCAGUCGCCGACAGGUUCGCCACUGCCGCUGGCGCUGGACCACGCCAACACCAACUCCACCACGGCCGGAACAGGAGCGAACGUUGGUGGUAACGCCGGCGGACCCAACACCGUGCUGCGGGUCAUCGUCGAGUCGCUGCUGUACCCGGUGUCGUUGGACAUUCUGUACCAGAUAUUCCAGCGGUUCGGCAAGGUGCUCAAGAUUGUCACCUUCACCAAGAACAACUCGUUCCAGGCCCUCAUCCAGUACCCAGACGCGACGACAGCCCAGCACGCCAAGCAGACGCUGGACGGUCAGAACAUCUACAACGGGUGCUGCACGCUGCGCAUCGACAACAGCAAGCUGACCUCGCUGAACGUCAAGUACAACAAUGACAAAUCGCGGGACUACACGAACCCCACGCUGCCGUCGGGCGAACCGGGCAGCGACGUGAUCGCGAGCGCCGGCGGACUGGUGUCCGCGGGAGAUCUCCUGCUGCUGGCGGCCGGCCAGCGGCCCCAGCUGACACGGGAUCGACUAGUCAAAUUAGACAAAUCUCCAUAUUUUCUAGUGAAUGGCUUAGCGACCCCCGGUGUGAUCCCACCCUUCGGUCUAGGUCUCGGAAAUCCAGCGCUGGCGAGUGCGUACGGCGGUGCCCUGCCGAACCUGGGAGCCUUUGCGCUCGCCUCCAACGGUGGCCUCGGAACGCCAAACCCUGCCGUCCUGCGCGGCCUCUCCAACGUGCUGCUCGUCUCCAAUCUCAACGAGGAGAUGGUCACGCCUGAUGCUCUAUUUACCCUCUUUGGGGUGUAUGGUGAUGUACAACGUGUAAAGAUACUCUACAACAAGAAGGAUUCGGCGCUGAUCCAGAUGGCUGAACCCCACCAAGCGUAUUUGGCCAUGACCCAUCUGGAUAAGCUCCGCAUCUGGAACAAGACGAUCCGUGUAAUGGCCAGCAAGCAUCAGGCGGUGCAGUUGCCGAAGGAGGGCCAGCCGGACGCCGGCCUGACCCGGGACUACGCACAGAAUCCCCUGCACCGGUUCAAGAAGCCGGGCAGCAAAAACUACCAGAACAUCUAUCCGCCGUCUGCCACACUGCAUUUAAGCAACAUUCCAGCUACCGUAACCGAGGAAGAGAUUAAAGAAGCCUUCACCAAAAAUGGCUUCGAAGUCAAAGCUUUCAAGUUUUUCCCGAAAGACCACAAGAUGGCCCUCAUACAGCUGAGCUCGAUCGAGGAGGCCGUGUGCGCACUGAUCAAGAUGCACAACUACCAGCUGUCCGAGUCGAACCAUCUGCGCGUCAGUUUUUCCAAGUCCAACAUCUAAGCACACACACAAAUCACUCGCGUCUACUAUUACUAAUACACACUAGCCCCCCUAGCCUACUGCGCGCGAUGAUGAUGAUGAUGAUGUGUGUAUGUGUUGCGAAACACCUGAUAUUCCUGCGGUUUUUUUUUCUUCAACCUUCUGCGCUUUUCCUCGACCACCCCACUGCGAAAGGAAGUACCAGAACGCACUCCUCCGUAACUGAUUACGCGCCGCCUACUGCGUUGCUGCGCCAUUGCUCUGAACAAAAGAGACAAACACAAAGAGAAAAGAAGUACUAGAUUUGAAUCAAUCAAAAUAUCGGUAGGAUAAAAACAAGAGAAUCAAACAAGUGUGGACGCCGCACCCCCUUCAUCGUUUGCACUCCCACACGUACACAAACACACACAAACACAUCUAGAGAAGAGACGUAGCGCAAGUUAGUAAACAAGCGAGAAGCGGAGCGGUCAACACACGUGUAAAUUGAACUUAAAAAAUCUUUUUACUAGAAGAAGAUAAGAUAACAAGCGUUAAAUGGGAACAAAUUAUACCUAAACAAAAAAACACAAACAAAAGAGACAUUUUAAGGGCGACGCGCAGCGAAAGAAAGAAAUCAAAACACAGCUGUCCGAGGCAGGAGGAGGAGUUUAGGAGAGGAAAAAGGGGCGGAGCUAGUAGAUGCAACACGCAAGAAAAGAGAAAAGAUUCUAUUUAAGCUGUAGCAAUCAUACACUCACACACAAACUACACACACACACACACUCGUAUAUCUAAAUGUACUAGAACAAAUCAAAGCAGAUUAAACCUAGCGAGAGAGAUAGAGAGAGAGAGGAAGAAAGCUCAGCUCAGUAGGGAGAGAAGAGAAUUGAAUUUUGAAGGUAAAAAGGGAUCUGAAUUUCGCCGAUUUUUACGAACACACGCUAAAUCUAUACGCUACGAUUACACGUUUAUUUUUUUACAGCAAUUGGUGUUUUUAUUUUAUUUUUUAUUUACUCAUUACUCUUACAAAAUGGUGGCUGGUAAACAAAACUAAAUAAAACAAACAAAAUCGAAGCUUACUUAGGUUAUACUAUCUCCUGUACUUUCCCACCCGUUUCCCCCUUAGUUACACAGAAAACACACACACUCUAGCAACCAACAUUAAAUGUUAUCGUGACAAUGUUUAUUAUCUCAUGCAUUCUUUAACAACAAAAAACUUGACAGUUUGGCUAGAUGUCGAACUGGGUGUGAAAAGAGAGAGUGCGAGCGAGCGCGCGCGAAUGAGAGUGAGCGAACGGGAAUUCGAGUGAAAUUCGAAGGAAAACAAUUACUGUAUUAUUAAUUGAUAGUUAGCCUAGGUUACGCUAUUUUAUUACACUUAUUUACUUAUUUAAAACGCGCAGAGUUUAUCGGAAGGGGAAAAC